AUGUUCAAUACUGCCUUCUCUCUUGAUAUAUAUCCAGGUAAUUUACAAGCACCUUGUGGUUUUGACAAAUUUAGCUAUUCCUGGCGAUCACGUCUUGGUACUGUAUUUCAUGAAUCUCACGGUAAACAUUAUACGAAUGGUGGAUAUAAAAAGGAUGAUGUCAUCGGCUGUUUAAUACACUUGCCGUCAACAGUUGGCCCUUUCACACCGAUAGAAAAUCAAGCUUCAAAAUCUUCCACACCUCAAUUGAUGAAUACAUUUUCUCCCAUGAUGGAUGACGUUCAUUCUAGCAUAAGUGGUACGCUGAACUCAACAGAUUCAAGGAAAUGUAAUAAUAAUUCACAUGCACCUACUUUUCUUCCUGAAACUUACAAAGACCGUGUAAGUGACUUGAUAGAUUUACCAAAUUAUGUCUUUAAAAAAAUCAAUUUUGAAAGUUUCGUUGGUGUAUGUGGUGAAUUCACUUUGAGCCGAAAUCGUGUGGCUGAAUGCAAUCCGAUUUAUCUGUCCAGCUACAGGCACAGGCAGCGCAAAUUAUGA